AUGGUUUUGCUGGGUGUAGGAUUUGCUGCCCAGCGGGGCUCCUUGUUCCUCUGGAUUGACAAGCCCUCCACCACCACCAGUGUGUUCACAGCAGGUCCCCUGGAUGAGACCACUCAGCCUUCAGCCCCAGAGGCGACCCAGGCCGUCCUUGCCAGGUCCCUGUCCCGGACUGGCGCCCCGCGGCAGAGGUUCCACCCCAGAGGAAUUCAUAGCAGUGUGCAGUGCAAGCUGCGCUAUGGAAUGUGGCAUUUCCUAUUUGGGGAUAAAACAAGCACGAGACUGACAGAGCGCAGCAGGGUGAUAACUGUAGAUGGCAAUAUAUGUACCGGAAAAGGCAGACUUGCAAAAGAAGUAGCAGAGAAACUAGGCUUCAAGCACUUUCCUGAAGCGGGGAUUCAUUAUGCAGACAGUACCACAGGAGAUGGGAAGCCCCUCGCCGAAGACUAUAGUGGCAAUCUUAGUUUGGAGAAAUUUUAUGAUGAUCCGAGAAGCAAUGAUGGCCACAGUUACCGCCUGCAGUCCUGGUUGUACAGCAGUCGCCUCCUGCAGUACUCAGAUGCCUUGGAGCACUUGCUGACGACAGGACAAGGUGUUGUAUUGGAGCGCUCCAUCUUCAGUGACUUUGUGUUCCUGGAGGCGAUGUACAACCAGGGAUUCAUCCGAAAGCAGUGUGUGGACCACUACAACGAAGUGAAGAACAUCACUGCCUGCGAAUACUUGCCCCCGCACCUGGUGGUCUACGUCGAUGUGCCCGUUCCAGAGGUCCAGAGGAGGAUUCAGAAGAAAGGAGAUCCACAUGAGAUGAAGAUCACCCCUGCCUAUCUGCGGGACAUUGAGAAUGCCUAUAAGAAGACCUUCCUCCCUGAGAUGAGUGAAAAAUGUGAGAUUUUACAGUAUUCUGCAAGAGAAGCUGAAGAUUCAACAAAGGUGGUAGAGGACAUUGAAUACCUUAAGUUCGAGAAAGGGCCGUGGCUCCAGCAGGACGAUCGCUCUUUACACCACCUGCGAUUACUGGUUCAGGAUAAGUUUGAUGUGCUGAAGUACACAAGCAUUCCUGUCUAUCUCCCGGAAAUCACCAUUGGAGCUUAUCAGUCUGACCGUGUCUUGCGUCAAUUCAGAGCGCUGCCAGGCCGCAAGUACAGCCCUGGGUACAACACCGAGGUGGGAGACAAGUGGAUCUGGCUGAAGUGAACGGGCCGCCUUCUGCUCCAGCUGCGUCACAGCGACAGCGACGGCCAAGCUGCACCAGCCGCACUCUCCUGGACGCCAUAUGGCUUUAAGAUCGGGGGAGGGUAAAUAAUGCGAAAAUUGCACAGUGGAAGAAGUGGUCUCACAAAAAGCCAUCCAUCCUGUGGUGUAGGUAGUGGAGUCGGGGGAGCAGCGUCCAUUCUGGAUGUUUGGAGCCCUCUGGCUUUGUUUUGGAAUGGCCCACCCCUCUCACUGGAAAACAGUGGUCUGCUGUGAACGGCCGGCUCUCGGCGGCCCCUGUGGUUUCAGUGCUGCCCUCUGUGCCAUUCAGGUUGUGUACGUUGUUUUUCUUCCGACUUCCAGAAAUAAAAGCGUUUCCGUGGGA